ACCGGAGAAGAAGACGACGGGGCUCCGGACACAAGGCUCAGAGCAACCCUGCAGACACAGGUGGUGCUCGGUGGUAUCCGAGCGAAGAACCGUGAACGCAACAGUAAAACUACCAUGACGAACGAAGGCAUAGAGGGGACGGAGAGGUUCCUGAGCCCGGGCAGCGGACGGGGCCUGCGGGCGGUGAGGCACUUCGCGGUGGGGGAGCUGGUGUUUGCGUGCCCUGCGUACUCGUACGUGUUGACGGUGAACGAGAGGGGCGCGCAAUGCGAGAACUGCUUCACCAGGAGAGAAGACCUUUUUAAGUGUGGCAAAUGUAAGCAGUCCUACUACUGCAAUGUUGACUGUCAGAGAGGCGAUUGGUCCAUGCAUAAGCUGGAGUGUGUAGCUAUGUGUGCCUACGGGGAAAACUGGUGUCCAUCAGAGACCGUCAGACUGGUGGCUCGAAUCAUCAUGAAACAGAGAGUCACAACAGAGCGCACCCCUUCAGAAAGGCUGCUUCUGCUCACAGAGUUUGAAUCCCAUUUAGAUAAGAUGGACAGUGAGAAGGACGAGAUGAACCAGACAGACAUAGCAGCGCUGCACCACUUCUACUCCAGACACAUCAGUGACCUUCCCGAUGAACAGGCUCUCACGGAGCUCUUUGCACAGGUUAACUGUAAUGGUUUCACCAUAGAGGACGAAGAGCUCUCCCAUCUGGGAUCAGCUGUUUUUCCUGAUGUAGCACUGAUGAAUCACAGCUGCAGUCCUAAUGUCAUAGUGACCUAUAAAGGCACAUUGGCUGAGGUCAGAGCUGUCCAAGAGAUAAACCCCGGAGAUGAGGUCUUUAACAGCUACAUAGACCUGCUCUAUCCAACAGAGGACAGGAAAGAGAGGUUGUUAGAUUCCUACUUCUUCACAUGCCAGUGUACCGAGUGCACAACCAAGUCUAAGGACAAAGCAAAAAUGGAGAUCAAGAAGCUGAGUUCUCCACCAGAGCCAGAAGAAAUCCGAUCUAUGAUCCGUUAUGCCAAGAAUGUCAUCGAGGAGUUCAGGAAGGCCAAACACUACAAGACCCCUAGUGAGCUGCUGGAGAUGUGUGAGCUUAGCCAGGAGAAGAUGGGAGCUAUAUUUGCAGACACCAACGUUUACAUGCUGCACAUGAUGUAUCAGGCCAUGGGUGUCUGUCUCUACAUGCAAGACUGGGACGGAGCUAUGAGCUACGGGGAGAAGAUCAUUCAUCCAUACAGUGUUCACUACCCGGCCUACUCUCUGAAUGUGGCGUCUAUGUAUCUGAAACUGGGACGUCUGUAUUUGGGGCUGGAGAAGAAGAAACAGGGAGUCAGAGCUCUGAAAAAAGCAGUUGCCAUCAUGGAGGUGGCUCAUGGAAAGGAUCACAAUUAUGUAGCAGAAGUCAAACGAGAAAUUGCGGAGAAGAAGUAAACGAGGUGCAGCAGGAGGAGCAAAAAGAUACAUUUGAAAAAAUUUAGGAGAAGCACUGGAUUAAGGAGACUCCCUUAAAGCAACAACAAUACAUGCAUCUAAUUGCCCUCCGAUUUUCAUCGCCCACUCUUUUGUUUUCAAUGCCUCUUUAUAGGCAGAGUUUCUUUUUUUCAUGUCUACAUAUUCUGGCUGAAGAAUACCACGUUUUGAACCUGUACCAGACCUGGAGUUAAAAGCAGACAAAUUUGAUUACAUAUUUUUUGGGGGAAUGAAAACAAUGAAACAGAAUACUUUCUGUGUGCCGAAGCUCAUAAAACCAAUUGAACACCCAUACUGUAAUAUAAAAAGGGAUCAAAUCAGUGGAAAAAAGAAAAACUUAAAGACUGUCUUUAAAGCUGUAUUUUAAUAGAAACAGAGCUUUCAUUUGACCUCUACGUAAAAUCCAUUUUCUGAUGUAAAAUGCUCAGUUAUAUUUCCUUGUGAAAACAUUCACUGUGUUCUUUAGACCCAUCAACAGACCAUGUUUUCAUCAUCAUGUAUGUCUUUGUAAGCAGUUUUAGCUGCACAUUUGGGCCCCGGAGCAGUUGUUUAAUGAUUUGGACUUCUGUACAAACUGAUGUGUAGUUGAUAUCAAGGGCAUUACUACUUUUUCCCAGCCACUGCAUAUUAAUUCUAUCAAACGGAGUUUCUGUCAUCAUUAAUUCUUGUUUAAACUGGGAAAAAAACGUGUCUGACCAUGCAUCAGGUACUCUGUAGCAACGGAGAAAAGAAUGCAAAGAACUGUUCCUGAAUGAAUAAGUCGUUUGAGUGGCUUGUCUUAAAGUAAGUUUGCUUGUUUUAAAUAACCAGAAAACACGUUGCAUGUUUAUGAUAUGCAUUUUCUUUUUUCAUAUGAGACUUGUUGACCAAAGGGGCCACAGGUUUAACUGACAGGGAACCAGCUAUAAUUCUCUACUUAGUGUUUCCUUAAACAGGGGUGCUGAUCUGAGACCAGGGUGCCUGCUGAGUCACAGUGAAGACAUUGGUACUGUGACCUGACCUAUGAUCCUGGAUCAGGGUCCCUAUAAAAAGGCUCAACACUGUAGCUUUUGUUGCCUUUUGUCUAGAGAUGCAUUAUUCUACCAUUUGUUGGGGAUUUCUCAGAAGCAUUGUAAAUCCAGAUAGUCAUUAGCUGGAAAUCAAAUUACUUAAGCAGCAGCAGGCAGAAUAUUAACAUGCAGUAUAACUUGGAAUGAUUACCUUUUACAUGCAGUUGGAAACAGUUUUAAUUGUAUAAUCAACAAGAAUGAAUGCAACAUAUCUUAAAAAGGGGAAUGCAUCUUCCUUUAAUCUCUGCUUUAGUGCCCCCAUCAUGUUUGCAUGGUUUUACUUGUUAUGUUUAAACCAUAAUAUAUAGCAAAUUGUACCAACAUGGCAACUUUUUAAGGAAGUAUUAACUUCAGCAGGAAUGGGUACUCCAAACAAAGACUUGGAGACUCUGGAAGAGUUGACUAUGUGUAUUCAAUAAAAGACCCCGUUCCAAUAUCAUGAGGAGGAGCAGUCAUAGGUCAUGAAACCAAAGUUUUCUCUUUGCUGUUGAUUUGACUGAAUCAUAAGACCAAGCAUGCAGUGUGUGUAAAAGCCUUUAAAAAGCUGAGGCAAUAUAAUCAUCUGGGCCUUAUUUAAGGGUUAUUGUUGCACUCAAAUUUUGUACAUUAUUUGUGAUUAAAUUAUGGCAAAAUGGCAAACCUGUAAGCAAUUUUUGUUCAUUUUUACCAGUUUAUGUCAGUGGACAGUUUGCCUGCCUGCAGUCUUCAAGAGAAACUACAGACACAAAUCUCAUCUUAAGUCUUUUUAAUGCCGGUAGCUUCUCCCUCUUGUUUACUAUGGGAGUGGUUUUAUGCACCUCAUGAAUGUGGGUUACUGAGGGUUAAAAAUGGCCCAUUGUAAUAAGUUGCCUGUGGUCAUAUUUGUAGCAACUCAUAAAUAUGUGACUCUCUGUCACCUGCAAAAAUACAUCAAAUAGGUGCCUGCCUGACAGUUUUGCAAGUGUAAUCCACUGUCUUAGCAACUCUGUUCCACAUGUUUAUUUUUUCAUGUGUUUUUACAAAGGUAAGACGAUGAAAAGAGGGUUUGUAGGCUAGUUUGCACAAGCUUAAAACAUCUAAGCAAUCUGUUUGCCAUUUGAGCGCUUCAUUUUUUUUUUCUUGCCAGACUCUUGACAUGCAUAUCAUUUUUUUCCUGUGAUUUCCUGAAAGAGAACCUGUGACAUAACGGUGAACACCUGAAACACAUACUGCUCAUAUACAACCAGAUGAAAGGCCACACAGAUGUUUUACUGUAAUGAGCUGUUACUUAAUCAGGCAUGAAUGUUGUUCUUUUGGAAUGCACAACUAAAAUCUGAGCCUCUGAUUCUUUCUGUACCAUGUCAGUGGAAAUAAAGAAA